GCCAAAUGACUGAAACCAGUGUGAUUGAGUUGUUUGAGUACCAUUUAUCGGAAAUUACUAAAUAACUUGAACCAUACUGAAACAAGAAACGAAAGCAAAGAAAUAUAUUGGUGUACACUAGCUCGUGAAGAAGAUAUUGGACAUGGGACAUCACAGAUUUGAGUAAUGUACAAUUAUGAGUCGGAUAAAAUGUGCAACAGAUCUGGAGAAAUCAGCCAUAACAAACAAUUUCGAAGCACGUGGUUGGGUAAUUGUGCAUCCUGACGAGGACUGGAAUAUUUUUUGGGCUUCUGUUCAAAGUGUGCACAUAAUCUUUAACAAUGACACAUCAUAUAGAUUAUCAGAUAACCAGAUUAUAAACCACUUUCCGAACCAUUUUGAACUUACCAGAAAAGAUCUAAUGGUCAGAAACAUUAAAAGGUACAGACGCGAAUUGGAGAAGGAUGGGAAUCCGUUUGCUGUGAAAGAUGAGACUGGGAGGUAUAUCUUCUUGGAUUUUAUACCCGUCACUUAUAUGCUACCUCAGGAUUACAAUCUAUUUGCAGAGGAAUUCAAACGUAAUCCCUCUUCUACGUGGAUAAUGAAGCCUAGCGGGAAAGCCCGUGGAGUUGGUAUUUUCUUGAUCAACAAACUCUCUCAACUUAAACGUUGGUCCAGAAAUGGAAGAUCAGGCUUGAUUAGUGCAGCACCGAUUUGCAGAGAUGCUUAUGUGAUAUCUAGGUAUAUUGAAAACCCAUUGCUAAUCGGAGGUAAGAAGUUUGACCUGCGUCUUUACGUCCUUGUUACUUCGUUCAGACCUCUCAAAGCAUAUGUAUAUAAACUGGGGUUCUGCAGGUUUUGCACUGUAAGGUAUAACUCAGAUGUCAGCGAGCUAGACAAUAUGUUUGUCCACUUAACUAACGUCUCAAUACAGAAGCACGGAAUUCAUUAUAACAGUGUUCAUGGCGGUAAAUGGACAACAGAGAAUUUCCGCUUGUGGUUGGAGGGAACGAAAGGGAAAUCUAUAUCAGACAAGCUAUUUGAUGAGGUUCAUUGGAUAAUAGUACAUUCCUUGAAAGCAGUUGCAAAUGUGAUGAUAAACGACAGACACUGCUUUGAGUGCUAUGGUUAUGACAUAAUAAUAGACGAAAAUUUUAAGCCAUGGCUUAUCGAGGUAAAUGCAUCUCCGUCUCUGUCAGCUACAACAGCUAGUGAUCGCAUUUUGAAAUACAAGUUAGUGAACGAUGUUAUUAAUAUUGUUGUACCUUGCGGGACGAUGCCGGAUGUCAAAUCCAACAAAAAUGUCACUAAAGAAGGAAUGGGACAGUUUGAUCUACUGUAUGACGAGGAGAAGGCAUUAGUAGAGUCUCUUGGAGUUACUAAUGCUCAGCCGCAAAAACAUCUAAACUCUUCCGGAAACAUUCCCAAUAAUUUUUAUCAAACUGGACUACGCGGAAGACGUAUAAGUCGAAUGGGUAUAGCAAAAUGAAUAAUAAUAAAUAUUAUAUUGUAUACUAAGCAGAGUUUUACAU